AUGUCCGACACAUUGAAAGCAGCUCAAGCAGAGCUCAAGCGGCCCGCCUACAAGUCUGAGAAGUUGCGGCUGCCCACAAAUAGUGACGCUGAAAAGGAGCAUCAUGAAGAGCAGCCUGAGAACGGCAGUGCAAAGGAGCCUCAACCGGAGGCCGCUGCCACUGCCGAUAAAAAGGACAUGGACAUCGAGCCCAUGGAAGAAGACCUGGAAGAGGAACGCCACAAGGGCCAAAUAGUGAAGACCAACGAG